CAACCAAGCUCAGUCGCUGAGUCAAGGAUAUAAAACUGAAAGAAAUGAAAGGACGGAUGAUUCGAAAGGUGUGCAAGAUUUAAAACAACAUUUAGCAAUCUGUUCUCGCGAACUCGACGAAGAAAGAGAGAGACAAGUGAAGGCAGUUUCUUACAUUGAACACCUGAAAAAGAAAUGUAAUGAAUUCGAAAAAGAGAAGAACGAAAUACAGAUGAGAUUGAGCAAAGUUGCGGGAGACAGACUUACAGAUAACAAUCCUGCAAUAGCAGACCUUAGUGAUCCUAACAGACCAACAAAGAUCGGUGAAAUAUACAGUGAAGUGUACGACAAUGAAUGGACAGAUGCUUUUGAAGCUCUCACUAAUGCAGGUUAUGAUGAAAGGGAAGCAAUUGACACAUUGCGAUUGACCUUAAUGAAUGUCAUUCAGUUUUGCAGCAGGAAAUCUGAAUCAUUGAUCAAACGGACAGAAGAAGCUGUAAAUAUAUUGUUUGAAGAGUAUAAAGCUACGGAGCAGAAGAGUGACAAAAGACAUUUGACAAUGCCUAGGAAAAGUGCAGAACAUUGGGGUAUAAUUGGUCGCAAAACACUUCCUGAUCCGGAAGAUAUUUUCCUACAAAACAAGUGGAAGCCAAAAGACAAUAGUGAAGCAAACGCUAAUACUAAGUAUCAAACAAUUGCGAAGCCAAAAUCGUCCGAUGACGCAAUUGCCAACCAGUUGAGAAAAUUUAGAAAGGAAGUCGCUGUAUCCAUGGUGCCACUUGUUGAAAAGGCAUACAUAUCCGCAAGCUGGAAUGAAGAGUGUAUACACGAUUUAAAACCGUUUAUCCGGAAGUGCCUCCUGCUUGGAUGGAUGAUGGUUGUGCAGUCACCACCUAUGACCUUUGCAGAGUUUAAACCAAAUGAAGAGUUCAGGAAAGAGAUUUACAAGGAAUACACAACACGCGGAUCACAUAUUGAUUAUGUAGUAUGGCCAGCUUUACUUCUGAAUCAAGAUGGACCUAUUGUCGGAAAAGGUGUAGCUCAAGGAAAGAAGGCUAAUUAGCAAGGUGUAAUAACACUGUUUGCUAUUGGAAUGGAAACAACUGUUGUAUUGUCUUCUUGUAUACCAUGUGAUCAAUAUUCUAACUUCAUAACAAAACAAAAAUAUGACUUAAACGUUUCUGAGGUUUGGAUUUAUCACGUUUGUUUUCAAUUUCUUAUAUUUAUUGAAUCUAUAAGCUUGAAAAUAUAAACAAGACAAUAACGUAUAUAUAAUGAUUUUGUAUAACUUGUAAGUGUUGAUAAAUGAUAGCAUUUCAUAUGUGCGAUCUGAAAGCUUGUAAUUUUUAUAUAAAAAAAAUAUUCAGUUAGUUUACACUAAUUUAUUUAGUACGAUUGAGUAAGAAGCUAUAAGAUUAACGAAACACUCUCUAAUCUCGAAUUUUUAUUUCGUUUUAUUGUGUUUCGAUCAUUCUUCUUGAGUGAGCUGAUGAGGAAUUUUGAAUUUAUAAUAAAAGACUGAAUCAUAUCAGAUGUAUUAUACGCUUCUAAAACAUCAUUAUUUACCUUGCACAGUAUA